AUAUGCAUAUGCUAGUUGCUAGCUACUAGCUAGUAUAUAUAAGGCAGAUAUAUUGGUUUUCCUAUUACCAUUAUAUUUUUCUACUAUAGUUCUCCUCUCUUAGAAUUGGCCAUAAAGUUUAGAGCCAUAAUGGAGGAAGAACUAGUUGAUGGAAAAGUUGAUUGGAAAGGAAGAAAAGCUUUGAAACACAAGCAUGGAGGGAUGAAAGUUUCUACGCUCAUCCUAGCUACGUUUGCUUUCGAAAACAUGGCAUCUUUCGCACUAGCAGUGAACUUGUUGUCAUACUUCACUAAGAUUAUGCAUUAUGAACUAUCAGAUGCAGCUAACAUGGUCACCAACUACAGUGGUGUUAGUUACAUGCUCUCCAUUGCGGUGGCCAUUGUUGCUGAUACCUUGAUUGGCAGAUACAAAACGGUUCUUAUUUCUGGCUUCAUUGAGUGCUUGGGACUGACGUUGCUCACAGUGCAAGCACACUUCGCUAGCCUGAAGCCACCUACAUGCAACCUGUUUGAUAAAAAUGCCCAGUGUGAAAAACUGAGUGGCAAAAAUGAAGCUUUUCUCUUAAUUGGCCUCUACUUGUUGGCCUCCGGAAGUGCAGGUCUCAAAUCUUCUUUGCCAGCACAUGGUGCUGACCAGUUUGAUGAAAGAGACCCCAAAGAAGCAAAGCAAAUGUCUAGCUUCUUCAACGCUCUCUUAUUAGCACUUUGCAUUGGUGGUGCAAUCAGCUUAACUUUUUUUGUGUGGAUACAAGACCAUAAGGGAUGGGAUUGGGGUUUUGGCAUGUCCACCAUUGCUAUUGCUUUGGGUACCAUUGUCUUCGCCUUUGGAUUGCCACUAUACCGGAUUCAUGUUGCACAAAGAACCAAUCCCAUUAUUGAGAUCAUACAGGUCUAUGUUGCUGCAAUUCGCAACAGAAACCUUCCCCUUCCUGAAGAUCCAGAAAAUCUAUAUGAGAUUGAACAGGACAAAGAAGCUGUAAUGGAAAUAGAGUUUCUACCUCAUAGAGACAUUUUCAGGUUCUUAGACAAAGCAGCCAUCCAAAGAGAAUCUGAUAUGGAGCUAGAGAAACCAGAGUCUACAAGCCAAUGGAAACUAUGCAGAGUCACCCAAGUAGAGAAUGCCAAAAUCAUUCUAAGCAUGGUCCCAGUAUUCUUGUGCACAAUCAUAAUGACCCUUUGCCUAGCACAGCUCCAAACCUUCUCAGUCCAGCAAGGUUACACCAUGGACACCAAAAUCACCAAGGACUUCAACAUCCCUCCAGCAUCCCUCCCAAUCAUCCCGGUCAUCUUCUUAAUCGCAAUCAUCCCUUUCUACGACCGAAUCUGUGUGCCUCUUCUGAGAAAAUUCACCGGCAUUCCCACAGGAGUCACCCACUUGCAGCGCAUAGGCGUCGGCCUAAUACUCUCUUCCAUCUCCAUGGUAAUUGCAGCAAUCAUAGAGGUGAAAAGGAAAGCAGUUGCAAGAGACAACAACUUGCUUGAUGCUGUGCCUCUGCUUCAGCCAUUGCCCAUAAGCAUUUUCUGGCUUUCUUUUCAGUACUUUGUGUUUGGCGUAGCUGAUAUGUUCACCUAUGUGGGGCUUCUUGAGUUUUUCUACUCACAGGCACCAAAAGGGCUUAAGGCCACAUCAACAUGCUUCCUUUGGAGCUCUAUGGCAGUUGGCUAUUUUCUGAGUAGCAUAUUGGUCCAAGUAGUGAAUAGUGCAACCAAGAAUAUUACUGCUAGUGGAGGCUGGUUAGCAGGGAACAAUAUCAACAGAAACCAUCUGAACUUGUUCUACUUGUUCCUUUCCAUUCUGAGCUUGAUCAACUUCUUUAUCUAUUUGAUUGUUUCCAAGAUGUACAAGUACAGGCCUCAAGAACCUUUGGUUAUAAGUGAUGACAAGUCUGAGAAGUGAAUGUGAGGUGUAAAAGGUUCUAACUAUGGUUAACAAAUAUAAAUUGCAAAAGUUGUGUGUUGUGCUCUUAUAGUUAUCUUUUACCUGUCAAUCAAAUGUAUGUGAGAAAAAUAUCUAGAGGUCUACAUGUUUCUUUUCAUUGUAAGUUCAUGGGUUAGAGCUAUUGUUUCAGAGAAGUCAAUGAAGCUCUUGUAUUAUCACAGUAAACUCUUGAUGCAUACUAAUUGUUGUUAUUUUUUC